CCCACCCACAUACGUGGCCCAUUUCCAUUUUCUGUUAACAAAACACUAACUUCUUUUAUUGCGCCUCUGUCAUCUCUUUCUCUCUCUCUCUCUCUCUGACUCUCCACCGUCCGUACCUCGCUGAAAUUUAUUGGCGACUCCUACCGGAAACCUAACUUAUCUCCGGACCUCGGCGAACCAUUGGAUUCUCCAACCAGUCUUGAGAUGCCAUUGGCGUUUGAAGCUUAACUUAUAUUCUCUGAUCCAGGCUUGUUUUCAAGUCUUCCCUUGUUCUUCUCUUCGAGUUCUUCAAACCCCCAAAACUUAGUUUCUGCAGAAAUUUCUGGGCUUUUUUUUUUCUCACUUCCCUCUUGCAGAGUACCAUUGCUAGCAUUUUCAUUUAUGAUUUGAGCUUCAUUCUUGUGGUCUCUCAUUUUGCUCAGUGUAACUGUUUUCUAUUUUUGGUGUAUUUUAGUGUGUUUUUUUUUUUUGUCUCUCCUUGUUGUCUCACUGGUCUAAAUCUAGCCGUUAAAAAGAGAAAGAGAACCUUUUUUAUAUUUUCCAUUUUCUCUUUGAAAUUCCUGGUAGAGUAGUGACUAGUGAGUUUGGCUUUUUGAACCCAACAGUUAAUCGGGUUUUAGCUUCUGUUGUUCUUUUUUGUUUUGAGCAAAACUUCAAUGGACUUGUGUGUGAUUCUUUGCUUUCCUUGUUAGAGCAUAAAAAGAAGCUGCAAUGCAGAAGAUAGAAGAGAUGUUAAUAAGCUUAUUAGCUUCGCUGGUUUUUGUUUCACAGUGUGUUGGAUCUCUAAACCCGCCGCUAAAUGACGACGUGGUGGGUCUAAUUGUGUUCAAAGCAGACAUUCAAGAUUCAAAGGGAACGCUUUCGUCUUGGAACCAAGAUGAUGAUACUCCCUGCAACUGGGUAGCGGUCAAAUGCGACCCAAGAUCCAACAGGGUUACCGAGCUUAAUCUCGACGGCUUCUCCCUUUCGGGACAAAUCGGACGUGGCCUCUUGCAGCUCCAGUUUCUCUACAAGCUCUCAUUAGCAAGAAACAACCUCACUGGCAGCAUUAGCCUUAGUCUUGCUUGGCUUGAACACCUUAGCAUCAUUGAUUUAAGUGAGAACAGUCUCUCUGGGCCGAUCCCAGAUGAUUUUUUUAAGCAAUGUGGGUCUUUGAGAUCCAUAUCUUUGGCGAAGAACAAGUUUUCUGGGAAGAUUCCAGCUUCUUUGAGCUCAUGUACUACUCUUGGAUCUGUAAAUUUCAGUUCGAAUCAGUUUUCAGGGUCUUUACCUGCUGGGUUUUGGAGUUUGAGUGGGCUCAGGUCGCUUGAUUUGUCAGAUAAUUUGUUGGAAGGUGAGAUUCCUACAGGAAUUGAAGCUUUGAACAAUUUGAGAGCUAUUAACUUGAGUAAAAAUAAGUUUGGCGGGGGGUUCCCUAAAGGGAUUGGAAGCUGUUUGUUAUUGAGGUCCAUCGAUUUAAGUGAUAAUUCGAUUUCUGGGUACCUUCCAGAUGCAAUGCAGAAGCUUAGUUUGUGUAAUUAUCUAAGCUUAAGCAACAACCUGUUAGCUGGUGAAUUUCCAAGCUGGAUUGGAGAAAUGAAACGACUCGAGACUUUAGAUCUUUCUGGGAAUAGAUUCUCUGGUCUGGUUCCGAAUUCAAUUGGGAAUAUUCAGUCGCUGAAGGUAUUGAAUUUAUCUUCUAAUGGUUUAACUGGGAACUUGCCGGAAUCCAUGGCCAAUUGUGGAAACCUUUUGGCGUUAGAUUUCAGCAGGAAUUCAAUGGGUGGUGACCUUCCUCUGUGGAUUUUUGGCUCGGGAGGGGAGAAGGUUGCGCGUUUGGAGAAUAAGCUAGGGAGUUUUAACUCAGUUCCAAAGCUUCAAAUUUUAGAUUUAUCAGACAAUGAGUUUACUGGUAAAAUUUCGUCUUCCAUUGAGAUCAUGAACAGCUUGCAGUUCUUGAAUCUAUCAGGGAACUCUCUUGUGGGCCCUAUUCCUGUGACUAUUGGAGAGUUAAAGGAAUUACAUGUUCUUGAUUUGAGUUAUAAUCUUCUAAACGGAAGCAUUCCUCUGGAAAUUGGUGGAGCCUUUUCCUUAAAGGAAUUGAGGCUGGAGAGGAACUUACUGAUAGGGCAGAUUCCUAGCUCUGUUGCGAAUUGGUCUUCACUAACAAUUUUGAUCCUAUCUCAUAACAACUUGACUGGACCAAUACCCACAGCAGUAGCGAAACUUACAAGCCUACAAGAUGUGGACUUGUCUUUUAACAGCCUCAGCGGUGGCCUACCCAAGCAAUUGGCAAAUCUUCCCAACCUCUCUUCCUUCAACAUUUCCCAUAACCAGUUGCAAGGUGAACUACCCGCUGGUGGUUUCUUCAACACCAUAUCACCUUUUUCUGUCAUUGGCAAUCCAUCUCUCUGUGGUGCUGCAGUCAACAAGUCUUGCCCUGCAGUCCUUCCUAAACCCAUUGUUCUCAAUCCAAAUUCUUCUUCUGACUCUGCUCCUGGCUUGAUUCCUGAAACUCUUGGUCACAAGAGAAUCAUCCUAAGUGUAUCUGCUCUUAUUGCCAUUGGUGCAGCUGCUGUUAUUGUUGUUGGUGUCAUUACUAUCACUGUCCUUAAUCUUCAUGUUCGAUCAUCAACAUCACGAUCUGCAGCUGCUUUGUCAUUAUCUACAGGCUAUGAGUUUAGCCAUUCCCCCGCUACAGAUGCCAAUUCUGGCAAGCUUGUCAUGUUUUCAGGUGAACCUGACUUCAGCACUGGAGCACAUGCUCUGCUUAAUAAGGAUUGUGAACUUGGACGUGGUGGAUUUGGAGCAGUCUAUCAGACAGUUCUUCAAGAUGGGCAUUCUGUGGCCAUCAAGAAGCUCACUGUCUCAAGUCUUGUCAAGUCCCAAGAAGAUUUUGAAAGGGAGGUUAAGAAAUUGGGAAAAGUUAGGCACCAAAAUCUCGUGGCCCUUGAAGGUUAUUAUUGGACACCAUCCUUGCAACUUUUGAUUUACGAAUUUGUCUCUGGUGGGAGUUUGUACAAGCAUCUCCAUGAAGGACCUCGUGGACAUUUUCUUUCAUGGAAUGAGAGGUUCAACAUAAUUCUUGGGACAGCAAAAAGCCUUGCCCAUUUGCACCAUUCAAACAUCAUCCACUAUAACAUAAAAUCAAGUAACGUCCUUCUUGACAGUUCAGGUGAACCAAAAGUGGGAGAUUUUGGCCUGGCAAGGUUGUUACCUAUGCUGGACUGCUAUAUUUUAAGCAGUAAGAUUCAGAGUGCACUAGGGUACAUGGCACCUGAGUUUGCUUGUAGAACAGUAAAGAUAACUGAGAAAUGUGAUGUUUAUGGGUUUGGGGUUUUGGUACUGGAGAUUGUUACUGGCAAGAGGCCUGUUGAGUACAUGGAAGAUGAUGUGGUGGUACUUUGUGACAUGGUCAGAGGAGCAUUGGAGGAAGGAAGGAUGGAAGAAUGUGUUGAUGAAAGCCUCCAAGGGAAUUUCCCAGCUGAUGAGGCAGUUCGAGUAAUGAAAUUGGGAUUGAUUUGCACUUCACAAGUGCCAUCAAACCGACCAGACAUGGGAGAGGUAUUAAAUAUAUUGGAGCUGAUUAGAUGCCCUUCAGAAGGGCAAGAAGAUUCAGGAUGAAUAUGAAACUAUAUUCAUUACGAGUAAGGAUUAGCAAUUGGUUAUCCGGGGAAAAGGAAUCCGGUUUGUUCAAUUGAUCAAAGAGGAGAAACUUCAUUGUUGCAAGUUCUUUUUCCUUUUAUUUUCUUGUAUUGUUUCUUCUCUGGUUUGUUUUCAGUUUAUGCUUGUAGUUUCUUCUCAAUGUCAAUGUUACAUUUAGGUUUCCGGAUUCCUUUUCACCGGCUUCCAAUUUUGGAAACUUUUGGAUAUUGUUACUACAAAUCUUCAGCUUCCACUUGGCCUUUGCUUUGUUUUCUAGUUAUUAGCUGAUAGUAAUAGUAGCACUGAUUUUUUAUUCUGAUUUUGCGAAGGGCACCCUGGAACUUGUUUAUGACUCGCAUUGUAAAUCAUUCAGGCUUCUUGAUAUAACUAUAAACUUCCUAGUGGAUUUCUUGAUUCUA